AUGGGUACUCCCAAUAUAAUGGACUUUGUUGCAGCCAGUAUGGGUAUUGCGGAACUGGCGACGCUUACUGUGGCACUGGAUGCCAAGCGGGUGCUUGCUAUUCGACUACUCCAACUUGUAAUUGUGCAUCAGGACUUUGCUGUAGCCAGUAUGGGUAUUGUGGAACCGGAGACGCUUAUUGCGGCACUGGAUGCCAAGCGGGCCCUUGCUAUUCGAGCUUCCUCAAGCUGUGCCGGCAAGAACUUCUAUACGCGUGAUGCAUUCCUCACAGCACUUGAUUCGUAUCCUAGCUUUGGCACCACCGGAACAAGUCUUGAAAAUUACCAAGAGAUUGCCGCCUUUUUCGCCCAUGUAUCACAUGAGACUGGAGUCUUUUGUUACAUAGAAGAGAUUGGUGGCGCUUCUCAGAAUUACUGCGAUCCAUCAAGCACACAGUACCCUUGUGUCGCCGGGCAAGGGUACUACGGGCGUGGACCGCUCCAGAUCUCAUGGAAUUAUAAUUACGGUGCAGCAGGAAACAGUAUAGGAUUUGAUGGGCUAAAUAAUCCAGGAAUUGUGGCAACCGAUGUUGUGACUUCCUUCAAGACAGCAUUGUGGUUCUGGAUGAACAAUUGCCACUCAAUCAUGAUUUCUGGCCAAGGCUUCGGGGCAACCAUCCGAGCCAUCAACGGCGCUAUUGAAUGCAAUGGUGGUAACACAGCAGCUAUGCAAGAUCGUGUUACUUAUUAUGAGACCUAUUGUACCCAAUUUGGUGUCUCACCUGGUAACUACCUCACUUGCUAA